CUCCCAUUCGUUGUUGUUCUUCCUUGACCUCUUAGAGAUCCCAAGGCGAAGACAAUACGGUGGCUGUAGCCGGCGUUUGAAUUGACUUGAUGACCGUCUCGUCUUAUAUUCGCAGUUGCCUUUUCUUUACAGUAUAUCCUGGCACUGUGGUAUAAUUUUCCUGUUUUCCGCCAAGAAUGACACAGUCUGAUUGGCUGAACGACCAGAUAAGUAAACGCCUUCAUCUUUGUGGUGCAUGUCUUCGACGAGUUCUCAGUGGUCUUUUCCGAUCUUGGACAAUUUGAUUGGAGCUGGAAAUGUGACUUAUGAGAGGUUUCGCUAAACCUGACAUACUCGUCGAAGUAUACAGAUUGGCAGCAGUACAUGACCUCAAGCCCAAGCCCUCAAAACGUUGAACACUGGCAGAACGAUUGGUUGGAUUAAUGGCCAACGGAUCGUGCUUUUCGCAGGCUAUGUAUUUCUCAUGGUUUCGAGGCUUUCGUUUCAGGGUGCAUCAUCUUGGGAAGAUAUCAUGUAUCGCACCCAUCACCAGGAUCCGUGAAAUAACGUCCUCCUCCAUAGCCUCUCAAGAUUAAAGAAUUCUGUUGUAUGUUCCUGUGUCCUAAUCUGAACUCUUGGAGUUGCUCCUUUGUUUCCGUGGAGGCUAGGCCCUACUCAACACUACUGGCGUCUAAAGGUAUACCAAGCAAUGGGUCAAAAUGCUAUGCAGAAUGGAGCUAGAAAUACAUCCAAGACCGGGCGCGCGUCAUGUCUCUGCGUUAUGAUUGGGUGAUGAUCACUCGGCACCCGAGCUCGCCAGUCGAUUUGCAACAAAAGGAGGCCAUGGCAUCGUUUACGUUCUGCGUUUCUUCUUGGACGACCUGACUGCGUUGACGUUCCCAACCCUUCCUUUUCUUUCUUUCUUUCUUCUUUCUUUUCCUUCUUUCUUCAAUUCUUUCUGCGCUGUGCGCUGUUCAUUCUAUCCCUUCACUAAUACAUUCAUUCCUUUUUACGAUGUUCUUCCCUGGCUGGUCGACCUUGCUUUUUGUGCUUUCUAUUUCUUAUCUUGCUGUUGCUUUGCCGGUUCCUAUUUCCAAACGCAGUCAUGACUCCUUGCAACGACAAUCUCUUAGGUUACCGAUCAGUCUUCAGAAGAGAGCUGGUUUGACGAGUGAAGCAGGGGUAGGGGAUUUGGCAGAUUUGAUCUACACGGUUUCCGUUAACUUGGGGAACACAACAACGGCCGUGGUGUUAGAUACUGGGUCGAGUGACCUAUGGGUCAUGUCUGAUGCCUGCAAGACGGAUGUCUGUCAGCAAUCUUCAUCGACUCCAUAUGCAACAGCUACUGCUCGUCACACUGAAGCAGGUGUGAACCUACAAUUCGGAGACUCGACCACUGGUACCCACGCUUCAGGUCCAGUCGUGCUUGAUACGGUUGCGCUUGCUGGUCUGUCCAUGGAGGACCAGCCGUUUGCAGCAAUUAACGACACGAACAACUCCGCUGCCCAACAUGGCACUGCCGGUCUCAUAGGUCUUGGUUUCCCUAGCCAGAGUUUUGUCCAAGCUGCUGUCGUAAAUAAGCAGUUCAAUAGUCCCCCCACGACAGAUGCCUUUGUGACAGGGACUGCAUCAAAUGGACCAUUGCUUUCCCGCCUAGCGAUGUCCGGUCAGCUUGAGAAUCCUAUGUUCGCCGUUGCCUUCCAACGCAACACCAUCGACGUUUCCGGCAGCGGAAGCAUUACAAUUGGGCAAUUGCCUGAUGAGAUCGACAACUCGUCCAUUACCUGGGUCCCUGUCCGCUUGUACGGUGCUGAAGAUGGUGGUCAGAAUCCUCCUACCUUCGCGCCGAACGAAACAUACCCUCUUCGCUGGGAAGUCCCUCUCGAUGGUGUCUUUCUGGAUGGCCAGAAGCUCUCUGACACCAACGCUACUGGCGUCAAUAAGGGACUAUCUGCACUCAUCGAUACGGGCAACUCUCUCAUUCGGGGUCCACAAGAUGUCGUCAACUCAGUGCUGCGGACGGUUUCUCCUCAGUUUGCUGCGGAUCCCACGUCGCGACCUCUCUUUCCGUGCGCUACCCCACACAACUUGACCUUCCAGAUUGGCGGCAAGAUGUUCCCUCUUGAUCCUCGUGACUUUAUUUCCCCAAACUCUACGCAAGAUGCGACGAACUGUGUCGCAAGGAAUGUCGUUGCUACCGAUCCACCCAGCAAAGGCUCCCUAUACAGUUGGAGUUUGGGCGCUCCUUUCUUCAAGUCAAACACGGUAGUCUUUUACUAUGGCAACCUCACUCAUCCCUCAGUCGAUCCUCCUCGCAUUGGUUUUGUAUCCAACGUCCCUCAAAAUGCAAAUGACCUUCUUCAACAGGCCAUUGCAGAUGCAAACGCGCAAGGUGGUGUCUUCGAGAGUACUGUUGACGUUGCACCCACCGCGUCCAGCGUGAUCACUGUUUCUGCCACCUCCCUUACCCUCCCUACAGCUUCUGCCACCAUCAUCGACCGCCUGGCUUCUUCACCGUCUCCUACGAGUUCUACAGAUACCUCAAGUGCUUUCUCAUCUCGGGCACUGGCUACAUACUGGUCGAUCCAUUGAAUUUUGUUUUGCAAGCAUCUAAUCUCCUGCGCGACUCUCUUGGAGGUGGAGAGACACAAGAAUAGUAGUGGGACGCAGCAGCACCGGGCUAGCGCGCGCCAGUGCUGCUCGAGUUUUUAUACGGAGUCGCUAAGGUCUAAUGGAGAGCACGUUGCCGGGGUUCACGCAAUGGGCGGUCGCGCAAGGACCCGAUUGGCGAAAAGGAAAGCAUUGAGGAGGAGGGGGUGCUUGCGGAUGUAGGCUUGCCAUGCAUCAGAUGUCCAUCGCCCUGCGGCUUGAAUGAGAGAAGGUGGUGUUCCCUGUUCGGCGAGAAAGGUGGCACCACCGGAACGCAUGGAGUGGCCAGCGAUGUCACGCGGGAAGAAGUUGCGAAGGAAGCGAAUGAACCAGGAACGCACAG